UCGAUUCAAAUGACAACCCUUUGUUUUGACAUUGUGUGAUUCGAUUGUUAGUUUUGUUAUGGGUUCAUUUCAUUAUUGAUCGAUACGGCACUAACGUUGCUUGAAAUGGCCGACGUUUAGGGGGAGUGUCUAGUGUUUUACGGAAAUUGGAUUUCUUCGUAAUUUUUACUCAAUAAGCUCUUACUGCCUCUCCCGAGGCCAAGAACAUUCCCAAUAAAAGACUGACUUUACAAAAAGUGGAUUAAAAUGGCGUGGCGCUUUAAAGCCUCUAAGUAUAAAAAUGCUGCACCGAUUGUGCCUAAGCCCGAGGCAUGUAUUCGGGACAUUUGUGUGGGGUCGUAUCAGACCUUUGGGAACAAUAUUUGCGCUUCGGCGUCUUUCAUGGCAUUUAACUGGGAGCAUGUGGGGUCAAGUAUGGCGGUGCUGCCAUUGGAUGACUGCGGAAGGAAGAGCAAGACAAUGCCGCUGCUGCAUGCACACUCUGACACAAUCACUGAUAUGGAAUUCUCGCCGUUCCAUGAUGGUUUGCUGCUAACUGGAUCUCAGGACUCUUUAGUAAAAGUAUGGCACAUACCUCCAGAGGGUUUGAAAGAGUCCCUCUCCAACCCGGAGUGCACACUGUCCCACAAGCAGCGGCGUGUGGAGAACGUCGGGUUCCACCCGGUGGCUGACGGGCUGAUCCAUGUGGCUUCAGGUCAUGAGUUGGCUCUAUGGGAUUUGACUAAGCAGAAGGAAGCUUUUGUAAACCGAGACCACGGCGACGUGAUCCAAUCCACAUCAUGGAAGAAGGACGGGCGUCUCAUGGCGACCUCGUGCAAAGACAGAAAGGUCCGCAUAGUGGACCCUCGAGCGGCCUCGGCCGUGUUGGACUCGGCCUCUAGCCACCAUGGCAUCAAAGACAGCAGGGUUGUAUGGCUGGACCAAGACCGAAUUUUGACCACUGGCUUUGACGCAGCCCGCCUCCGUCAGAUCAUGAUACGCGACGUCCGCAACCUCUCUCAAACUCAGAAAACACUCGAACUAGACUGUUCUACUGGCAUUCUUAUGCCUCUCUUCGAUCCUGACACCAACAUGCUCUUCCUUGCUGGCAAGGGAGACACCACCAUCUUGUACAUGGAGGUUACAGACAGAGAACCAUUCCUCAUUGAGGGAUUGAGGCAUUCCGGCGAACAGACGAAAGGCGCCUGCCUCGUACCGAAGCGAGCUCUCCGGGUGAUGGAGGGCGAAGUCAACCGAGUACUACAACUGACGGGCUCCAGUGUUGUGCCUAUCAUGUACCAGGUGCCAAGAAAGAGCUACCGGGACUACCACGCGGAUCUGUACCCCGACACGGCCGGCUCCGUGACGUACCUCAGCGCUCCCAUGUGGCUCGACAACCAGGACCAUCCCGUCCCCAAUAUUUCUCUGCAUCCUGAUGCUAACAACUGUACUCAGAUCCACCGUGGAAACCUAGAAGAACUAGCGAACUCCAUCCUCGCUAUGCCUCCACCUAAAAAGGCAGAAGCUAAAAAAGCCAUAACUCCAGUCAUCACCCAAGAAGACCCGAAACCUAAACCCGCAGCCGAACCAAAAGACGAAGAUCGCAUCGACUUUGUCAACGUUAAAGAUUUAAUCAAAGGCAUGGAAGGCAAGAAAGAAAACGGUUUCCAUAAGAAAUUAGACAACGGAGCCAAUGGGCAUGACGAAGAUGACACAGAGGAUAAAGAGAAGAUUCUAGAGAAAACUGAAAGCACAGACUCGGAAACGUGUCUUUCUAGAAGCAAUAGCUAUGUCAACGGGACUCCAGUUCAAGUUCCUAAGCCGUUGCCUAGGUCUUCUAUUUCGGAGCCGUCGGGAGAUGACAGUGAGGCGCCGAAACCUAAGCCUAGGACCACGGCGGUACAGAUUUCGGGUUAUAAGCCACGCCUGGGCCCGAAGCCAUUCUCAGCGUCGUCGGGCAGCGAAGAAUUCUCAUUCGACAAGGUCUUCUCUGUGCCGGUUGUACCCGGCGUGCCCAAAUCUGACUCAGCCACUUCGCCUUUGACGCAAGCGGCCUCCACGCCAGUGGGCAAAGAUGAAGAAAAGGACAAAUCGCUGUCCCCAACCAGUGACGUUGAAAUUGCACCUAAAGAAGAGUACACGAACGGAAAAUCUGACACGAGCUUGGAAGAGGAGGUGAAUUCUUCUGACUCUGGCUACAUUCCUAAGACCCCAAGCACUGCCGACAGGAGGAAACUCUUUGAGACCACUGAUGGGAAUCAAUCGAUAGCAGAUCGCCGGCGCGCGUACGAGUCUCGAUCCGUCAGCGUCGCCGUGGAGUCGGACACGCCGCCGUCACCCGCACCUCUCAGGCGGCGCGACUCAUUGAAAUCACGUAAGAGUCCAGAUCGCGAGGAAAAGGACAAACGCGCAUCUGUACCGAACGUGACCACCAAGCGGACCUCUACUGUGUUUGGAAAAGUAUCAAAAUUCCGGCAUCUGAAAGGAACGCCAGGACACAAGUCGACACACGUGGAAAACAUCAAAAAUAUCAGCCGACAGAUAUCGGGAGAGUGCAACGGAUUUUACGCGAACGGCGUCCGCUGCGCCGUGCCCGUGUCCGGCGGCGGCGGCCGCGUGGCCGUCGUGGAGCUCCCCCGCGGCGCCUCGCCCCGCGCCGCCGCGCCGCCCACGCACCCCUCCGGCCUCCACGUGCCGGCGCUGCUGCACCCGGCGGUGCUGCAGGACUGGGCCUGGGACCCCUUCAGAGACGACAGGCUGUUAGUGGCCUGUGAUGAUGGCAUCAUUCGAGAAUGGAUUAUCCCGGAAGGAGGCCUCCAAGAGUCCUCCAACACACCAAACCGCACGUUCUCCGCUCACCCCGAUAAGAUCUACAUAGUGCGCUUCCACCCGACCGCCUCCGACCUGCUGACCACCGCAGCACACGACCUCACUAUUAAGAUAUGGGAUCUCAGCCUAGAUGUACCACAAGCGGCGAUCACUUUGACUGGGCAUACAGAGCAGAUCUUUGCCUUGGAUUGGUCGCCUUGUGGGGAUUAUUUGGCUACAGUGUGCAAGGAUGGACUUGUUAGGAUCUUCAAGCCCCGGUCUUCGUCGGAAGCCAUCCGCAGCGGCCCCGGGCCAGCGGGCAGUCGCGGUGCGAGGAUAGUUUGGGCUCUCAACGAAACUCAUCUAGUCGUCACUGGAUUUGACAAAGUAUCCGAACGGCAAAUCUAUCUAUACAAGGCGAGCGACCUGAGCGCACCCGUGUGUACUGUGGGCCUAGAUGUGUCUCCGGCAAUAUUGCAGACGCAUAUCGAUCAUGAUUCCGGCACCAUUUUCCUCACGGGACGGGGUGACUCAACGAUCUACUGCUACGAGGUGACAAGCGAAGCUCCCUACCUGUGUGCGCUGUCGCAUCACCGCUCGCCGACGCUACACCAGGGCAUCUCCUUCCUCAACAAGAAGUUGGUCGCUGUAGAAAAGGUGGAAUUCGCGAGGGCACUAAGGUUGACCAACGGUAAUAUCGAGCCUCUGUCCUUCACUGUGCCUAGGAUAAAGAGCGAGCUGUUCCAAGACGAUCUGUUCCCGCCGACGCUAGUGACGUGGGCGCCGUGGCAGUCGUCGCGCGCCUGGCUCACCGACGACCGCGUGCCCGCGCGCACCGCCAGCCUGCAGCCGCCCGGCAUGCUGCCCUUGUCAGCGCAUUCCGUGCCCGCGGCUAAAGAGCCAACGAAGCCUCCACAGAAGCCCAAACCCGACCUGAUCAAGUCGCACGUGCCACUUGACCCUAAGGAGAAACAGGACAUCAUAAUGAAAUCCAUGAGCGCAAAGGUGUCAAUGGACCUGAAGUUAGAGCAGGACAACAUGGAAGGCGUGGACCAGGCCGAAUGGGACCAGUGAGCUGCUGACGAAUUCUUCUUACACCGACACAAUAUACCUUAAUUAUAACACAUUAAAGCUCAAAAUAGGUUGUCACACCUUUAAAAAUAGAGUUCAAAGGUAAGCUGUCAGGCUACGACAAAACUUAUUUCUUACGAAGUUUUUCUCGUAUUUAUACGUGAUACGCACACAUUCGCAACAUGAGGUCGAGGAAUGGCUCAAACCUUAUAACCUCGUAAGGCCCAAUGUGCAUUACAAUGUACACUCUGUUUCAAUCUAAUUUGAACCUUACACUAACUGAAUUAAGUACCAUUUCUUUUGUUUCAUUGUUUUCUAAAACAAACGACAAUGGGCCUUACGAGGAUAUGUAUGCGUACUAAAUCGGCUUUUUGUAGUCACAGUUUUGUCUUAAGCGAACCUACUGUAUAUCCACCUUGUGGGACAAAUCCUGUCAUAACCCAUGUGUAAGGAGAUAUGCUGUUUCUGCCAAGAGUUAUUACAAUACUGUAUAGUGACGAUUAUCUAGGCAUGGCAAAGACGUAAAAUAGUGAUAAAGAAACAAAUCCACGACUAAAGCUCUUACUUUAAACCUCUUACUUCACUUGAAGGAAAUAAGAGAUUUGCGAUUCCCUUAUGAAACUCCUUUAGGAACAGACUGUUAGGUGUAAGAAGUUUUCUAUAAUGCUUUCAGUUCAAGUUUUUGUAUAUCUUUAGACAUAGAUUAGCGAUUUAGACAGGAAUAUAUUGGCAACGAUUUUUAGACCUAUUUGUUACAGUAUUUGAGUCGCUUAACAUCAAGCUCGUGUAAAUCAAUCUGUCAGGUUAUGCGAUUUUGGUAUUAAGGCGGUUCCCUGAGCCAGAAGGCGAAAAAUCUCCUUAUAUGAUCAUGUUUUUCUAAGAGGCGUUGAUAUUCGUAGACGUGGAAAAAAUAUAUGUAGUUCUUGACUAUAUUAUCUUUAAUAUCAUAGCUUCCGAUACACGAAUUAUGACACUUCGCUCGAUACAAUUAAUUCCCAAAGUAACCUCUAACUCGGACUUUUAAUCCAACUUUCCUCGGUUAUUUAUUAUGUGAUUACUAUAAACAAAAAAAGAAGAAAAACAAUCUUAACUUAAAUAGUAAUUUCAUAGCUUUCGAAUUUCGAUAUUAAGAAAUCUUAAGAGAUCUUAAGAAAAGGUAAUAAGGUAGAUAUUUGCUGAGGGUCAAAUGGAUUUUCCUGAGUUUGAAGUUAAGCGACACAUUUAUAUUAGUCAGUUUCCUAAUGAAUCUAGAAACUGCAAUGAUUUGACAAAGGCAAAGUGUUAGUGUCCGUCUAGGCUAACUCUGCACCGACAUGAACAUAGCAAAGUGUGGAAGUGUCGUUAUAAACGGCAUAUUCUCACAGAAACUUGUCGUUAAUGAUGACAUUAUCACACUUAACUAACUUAGCGGUUUCACUCACGUAUUUUUAGUCACUCGCGCGUCAUGUUUCGGAGAGUCUAGGUCUCCAUUUUCAAGCACUAACAGUGCCUGAGUGAGUAGCGGUCACGACGGGUGGGCGCCACAAACAUGUCGCGCGAGUGAUUAAAAAUACUUGAAACCGCUAAGUUACUUAAGUUAAUAUGUUUCACGAUAGUUUAAAUUCGGACAUUAUCAUACUUUGUCAUUGCAAAGUGACAGUUGGUUCGACUCUAGGCGGUUAUCACAUCCUCGCCGCAUCCGGAUACGCUUUAGGACGACAUUUUUGUUAGAAUCUUCAAAUAAAUUGUUUUUUUUAUCGACAAACUUCAACCCUUUGACUGCCAAAGACGUUUAAUGACGCGCGCGGUACAGUCCAAUAUCAACCUUCGUGCAUGCCCUCAAGGUGGCGCGCCGCGCACGAUCGGAGUAGCAUUGAAAGGGUUAUGAAUCAAAUUGUUUGUAUAGUUCUUUCCUAAGCUUGUUUCACAAACAACAUUGAAAUGACAAAAUGUUAAUCAUCAUUUCAAAUAGGUCUAAAGUAAUACCAUUUUUCUGCUGCCGUUUGCCGUAUGUCAUUAUGUCAUUUCGCGUACGAUUAACAUAUAAAUGUA